AUGCACUAUUUGGGCUGCUCAUAUGGGUAUCUUAUCUUCUCCUAUGAGGAGCACUGCCUCCUUGUCGAUGUGCACAAUGGUACCAAGGUGAAGCCCCCCAAACUUCCAUCCAACAACCGCCUUGGGUACUUUUGUGGCAUAGGCAUUCUUACAGGUCCACUUAGUUCACCCAACUCACGCCUCCUCCUGUGCACGGGAACCUCCAUGUUUGAGUGGCAGGUUGGAACAAACUCCUGGUCAGAACACCCUCUUGCCCUUAAAAGGGAACGCAUCCAUCAGAUAGUGUUCUUCAAAGGUGUCAUCUUUGUCAUGGAUGUUCUUGUGAGGCUCCACACUAUACACUUAUCACCUGAAUUCAGUAUGCAAAAAAUAAAAAUCGCGCGGGACCUUGAAUCCUUUUUUAUUAGCCCAUGGUUGGUGGUCUCUGGUGACAUGCUUCUCAUGCUUGACCUUCGCAUAGGAUCUGACGAGUUGAAUGAUGACUUGUGUUAUCACUUCUUUAAGGUCUUUCACCUUGACUUUUCUGUCGAGCCAGCCAAGUGGGUGAAGAUGGAGAAGCUGGAAAAUCAAGCUCUGUUUGUUAGCCUUGAUAGGAGGAAUCCUGCAUUUUCUUGCAUGAGCCCUGAAAGAUGGGGAGGAAAAAGUAACUGUGUUUAUGUUGCCAAGCUAUUUGAUGACCCCGAUGAAACUUGGACUGCUGUUGAGGUUGGGCAGCGAGUGCGAAAAGAAACUGUUCACAGCCUUUACUAUGGUCUUUCAUUCCCGUCGGACUACAGUCAUCUUGCUAGCCUCUGGCUGUACCCGAGUUUAGUCUAUGGUACUAGCCAGUGA